AAAAAAAAAAAGCACAUGCGAAAACACUCCACGAUCAACCACCAACCCCAGACCAGAACACCCCCUCGUGAGGAAGUCGACACCGUCGAUAGUCUCCUAGCCGCUUCCUGCUUAAUCACCUCCCAACAAAUUAAUUUACAUCGCCAAGCACAGCCGUCCCAUGUUGCAGAGCGAAUAAUGGAGCACGCUCACUAUCACAUGUUAGCGCCUGACGAACGACCUCCCUCUUACACCCCGUCGCAUCACCCUCUGAACAUGCAACUAUCAGAAGCACCGGCCCCUGAGACAUCGUCGGCAGGCAAUGACCGCGGCAACGCACACGGCUCCAUGUCGCAAGAAUCGUUAACUCGACCGGCCGAGCCGCCUGUCGAGCCGCCCGUCGAAUCGUCUAUAGAAGCGCCUGUCGAGGAGACAUCUCAGCCCAUGGCGACCACGGCGGCGACGACGACGACUGCCUGGCCAUCCUUGAAUCCGUUCGUUUCGUAUUACCGCCCGCCUAAUGGUUCGCCCAGAAGUGCCCGAGGAGUGGACAGUCCUGGUGCUAUGGACCUUGAUGAUGGUCGUGGUGUCAGAGGUGGCAGUGUGCUCUCUAUUGAUGAUCCUGAUGUGCGCCUCGCUGCCGAAGCUCUGGGAGACCUUCGUGCCGACUUUGUGCAGUCCCCACCAUCUUCAUCUCGCUAUAAUAGACACCGUCGAGAUAUUUCAGGGCAGCCCGAGCCUCUACUCUCUCUUCUAACCACCUCGCACCCUCUGGUAAGGACCACCAUCAAUAGCUCCAUUUCAGCCUACUCCGCAUCGAAGAACUACAGCCCGCGCUUCAAGUCGACAGCCGAAUAUGUCGAGCGUCGCUUCACACCGGUCGUCAAUAAAGUCGGGACAGUGGGUCGCACUACGGGAAUCGAAGGCGGCGUGCGCUGGUUUCUCGGCGGGCGCAGACGGGCACACAAUCGUCACUCUACAGCAACGACGAAAUCGACAGACGACCAGUCAAGCAAGCGCCGGAAGACAAGUGAAGACACCGAUAGGGCAUGGCCUAUGCGCAAUUCCACUCAAUCAUUAGGAGACGAACAGCAACUCCAACACCGUGAACGACGCAAUAGCCUAGCCAACAGCCUAGCCUCCUCGUACGUCGAAAGCCUACCUGCAUACGAUGAAUACAAGAGCCCAAGCUAUGAAGCAUCCCAGACUACCUCGCUCGUUCGCUCCGAGGAGAACGAUGCUCCAGGCUCACCGUCGUGGCAAUCGCGCCUUAUCAUGUCCACCUCAGGACUCAGCAUCGCCAUGUCCGUCGAGUCUCUCCGCUCUCUCAAAUACUGCCUCGGUCUACUGCGCUGGGCAAACGAACAUAUCGGCAAGAGCAUCACCACACUAAAGGAGACACUCGAGGACUGCAACAGCAAGACCGCAACCCCUAUUGCCGGAUCAUCAUCCUCUACCGAGAGGCAGAACGUGGAAGAUAUCUUCGUAUUGGACUCGGAGAAAGAUAGAGAAGUCCUGACACAGAAAAUUGCAGAGUUAAAAUACGAUGUCCUCAAAACCCUCAAAGACGUCGUCGACGUCGUCUCCAAAUACGCCGGCGGCGCCCUCCCCGAAAACGCCCGCGUCCUCGUCCGCAGCCACCUCACCAGUCUCCCCCAGCGCUUCAAGAUGGCCAGCACCAGCACACCCCCCGAUACCAACAACGCGGCGGCGAAAGCGGACUGGGAGACGCGCGAAGGCGCGAAGCGGGUCAUGGUCCUGGCUAAGGAGGGACUCGACAUGAUGGCCCAAGUCAGCGGCGUGUUGGACGGGACGAUUGUUAGUGCGGAGGAGUGGUGCGAGCGCCUGGGGAAGAAAACGUAUUCCGAAGAGACGGCGGAGGAUAUCCUGAAGGAAGGCAUCGUGAAGCCGCCGGUGGAUGGGCAGCAGCGCGGGGCGUUUGGGGAGGCGCAGACGCCGGAGGUGUUUGCGGAUGGGGAUUAAGGAUGGGGCAGGCUCUGUGGAUAUGGAUAUGGAUAUGGAGCUGGAGCUGGAGCUGGAGCUCGGGUACAACAAUUACGCGGCGGACGCCUGCCUUUUUUCUUUUUCUUUGUGUUUGGGGUAUUAUAGCUGGAUUAGAAGCUUGAAAGGGGUAUUAGGGGAUGCCGCAGGUAGGGCAAUGGGUGUACUUUUGGGGGAUAUAUUGGCGUUUGGGAUGGGGUGAGAUGGAUGGGAACUAUAGGGCUUUGCUUGCAAAUAGAUAUACCACUUUUUUUCUACACUUUUAAUUAAGGCUUGUCUUGGGCUGUUUUCUUAGAUCGGGUCGUCAAAUAAAGGAUAACACAGAG